UUCUGAAGUGCAGAAUAGUCUUCCCAAUGAAGUAAAGGUAGUUGAAGUUGGCCACAUUGAGUGAGGAAGCGGCCAAUCCCUUCGUCUUUCUCUUUCCUUCUCGUCAUGAUGAUGAUUUGAGAAGCCAAAAGGGAAAAGAAUUAUAAAUCCCACAAAAGGUUAAAGGUGGCAAAGGAAGAAAAGUAAAUUCAUACAAGUAAGAACACGAUUCAAAGUUCUAGUGAGAGAAACUGCUAAAGAAAGGUAGAAGAAAGAGGCUUGUGACACAGGAAGGAGAGGGAGGCUAGAGAGAUAGAAGGCUCUUGUCUGCUUUGCUCUUCCUUUCUGUUGAAAACAGCUUUUUGAAGGGUUUUUGGAAGGUCGGGAGGUUUGCAAGGUUAAAGGAAUACAUAUCACCUCAGAAUAUUUGCCAUCUCAGAUCUCUGUGUUUUUCCAUGUUAAGUAGGAAAGGGAUACCUAGCAGCACAUCACAAUAAAGGCUUCGGAAGAGGAAUUUGAGAAGAAGUCAAUAAUGUAUGGAUCAUGUGACUUUUGGGGAGAAACAGUAAUGCUAGGAACAUGGGAAAGAAAGGCAGUUGGUUUUCUGCAAUCAAGAGGGUGUUUAUUCACCAUUCUAAGGAGAAGCUAGUCGAUGACCAAGAGAAGAAAAGCACAAAAGAAAAGAAGAAGGGUUUAGGAAAUCUAAGGCAUGGGGAGUCCAAUUCAUUCAUUCCUCUAUUCAAAGAGCCAAGCAGCAUUGAGAAAAUUUUUGGUGAUUUUGAAAAAGAGCAACAAAAAGUAACUUUUAGGCCUCCCACGCCUCCUGAGCAACCAAACACAUCCCCGUUUGUGCCUCCUGGAUUUGCGUCUCCAAGGGUUGCCUCUCCUAGGCCUGCUUCUCCAAGGGUUGCCUCUCCUAGGCCUGCUUCUCCAAGGGCUGACUCUCCUAAGCCUGCUUCUCCAAGGGUUGACUCUCCUAGGCCUGCUUCUCCAAGGGUUGACUCUCCUAGGCUUGCUUCUCCAAGGGUUGCUUCCCCUGGAGCUGCUUCUCCUCAGAUUGUUCGUCAAAAGGAGAUUAGCCACAGGCCAGAACCAACACUAAGAAACCAACAUGCUUCAGCGACUAAGAUCCAAGCAACCUUUAGAGGUUAUAUGGCAAGGAAAAGCUUUAGAGCAUUAAAGGGUCUGGUGAGGCUUCAGGGAGUUGUGAGGGGACAGAAUGUAAAGCGCCAGACAAUGAGCGCCAUGAAAUACAUGCAACUCUUGGUGCAUGUUCAAUCUCAGAUUCAGACACGGAGGAUCCAGAUGUUAGAAAACCAAGCUCGGCAUCAAGAUCAAUUCAGGAAUGAUAAAGAAGUCGAGGGUACCUUUGACAAAUGGAGCCAGGCAUCUGAGGCAGGUAACCAUGAUGACUGGGAUGAUAGCUCGCUAACAAAGGAGCAGAGAGAGGCAAGAUUGCAGAAAAAGGCUGAGGCAGUUGCUAAGAGAGAAAGAGCCAUGUCCUAUGCAUAUUCACACCAGUUGCGGAAAGCCACUCCUAAAUCAGGUCAAACACCUCUAAAGGAUAUCAAAUCUGGGGGAUUUUCGCGGUGGUGGAACUGGUUAGAACAUCAGCUGCCACCUGAAAGCCAUGCAAUGAAGAACUUUCAACUUACACCUCCAAGACCGCAUUCAGAGCUGAAGCCAAGCCCACUUCCGCAAUCAAGUGACCACCAGCAACAUCAUUUUGGGUUUGAUAAUAUGGAUAUUGCCACACCAAAAUCCUCAAAAUCAACCAUAGUCAUGACAGGAAAACAGGCUCGAACCCCACCUCCUAAUAGAACCUCACUAGGCAACAGCAGCUUGUCAAGGUAUUCAAGACCAAGAGCUGGAGCCAAUUCCCCUUAUGAUCUGCCAUUUAAGGAUGAUGACAGCCUCAUGAGCUGCCCACCAUUUUCGUUUCCGAACUACAUGACUCCAACAUUUUCAGCUAGAGCCAAAGUAAGGGCUGGUAGUAACCCCAAGGAAAGGUUUCCAGGGACUCCGGGCAGCGAGUCUAACAGGCGAAUUUCAUUACCUUCGACACAAGGGAUGGGGUCUUUCAAGUGGAACAAGGGUUCCUUGUCCUCUAACAAGGAUUCUAGCUCCCAAAGAAUGUUAGACCAAAACCAGUCACUCCAGUCAAUAGGGGAUUUGAGUGUGGAUUCAACAGUUUCUUUACCUGCUGGGGUUGGAAGGAAGCCAUUUAACCGAUUUGUGUGAUUUCUUUUGGUUUAUUUUUUGCCUUUUAUAUCCCCCAUCGUGGUGUCUAUUUUGAUUGAGUGUAUUGUGAUAGUUUGAUUUAUAUGAUACUGAAAAAAUAUAAUAAUGAAUAAACAAUAGGAUGAUGGUUUGGAUGUAAACAGGAUUGGGUUUCUCAAAGGUAUUAUGACAUAUAUGUUUUUUUAGGA